GGAGCACAUCAAGCGAAAGACGGCCCAAGCUCGCUCCCGUCUAGGGCGAUUACACGCCCUGGGUUGGGAACGGGCUGGGCUCGACACCAAGCGGAUACUGAAGACCUACCACCUGGCCGUGCUGCCCUUCCUUGGGCACGCGGUCAGCGUCUGGGCGGGGGCACUGGAGAACCCGAAUCUGGCCAAGGCCGUCGAUAGCGUGUCCGGCCUGGCAGCGAGGAUAGCCAUUCGGGCCCCUCGCUCGGCCUCCCACGCCGCGGCGAUGAUGAUGGCCGGCGUCACCCCGGCUAGCAUCCAAUUGAGAAUGCUGGCAGGAAGAUGCCGCGCCACCACAGGUACUCCUAGCGACCUAGCAGCGGCCCUUGGGCCUGGAGCGGCGGAAUCGUCAUGGCGAGUGGACCGGCGAGAGACCCAUCCUCUCCCACCGUGGCUCCCCUCCCUUCCCGCCUCCAUCCGCCCCAGAGAAGAAGCGGUCGAACUGGCAUCGGCCUACCGAGGCCCCGCCAUCUACACGGAUGGCUCCAAGUUCGGCGAUAGUGCCGGCGGGGCCUUCCUGGCUGUCAAAGGAGGAGAA